AUGUCAACAACUUCUCAACCAGACAGUGUUGCCAAUGCACGCUUAGGUCGACUGGCUCAACUUGGCAUUGAAUUACAUGCAAACAGCCCGGAGACAGCCAUUUGGCUCGCACUGGAACAGAUAUUAGCCGACUUCUUUGGACAUUCUCUAUUCACUGUCCUUGCAUUUUCUGAACAAGGCGUUACAAGACUUCACAGCACCAAUACAGAGCUGCACCCGAUGGGAACAAGAAACAAGUCCCCCGCUGCGGAUCAUGACAGAGAAAACGUUGGAACUCCACCUCCACCACCCUGCCGCGCAGCGUGGGUCCAGCAGGUUUUGGUGGAUGGCAAUAUUUGGCGUGGCUCCACGCGCGAGGAUCUAAAGGCAGCAUUUGAAGACUGGGAGCAACUUUGGCAGGCGGGCUUGGGAUCAGUGAUGAACAUUCCUGUCCGACUGAAUGGUGUCACGAUAGGAUCACUCAACCUUCUUGACAAGGAGCAUCAGUACGAUGCAGCCGAUCUCAAGCUGGGCAUCCUGAUAGCACAAAUCGUGGCACUUUUUGUUCAUCGAGUGGCUGAAGAGACAGAAAAGUGA